AGUUCUCUUUCCAGUCUCAACCAACUUUCAACUGCCACAAUGUCCCUCCCAAAAACUUACAAGCGAGCAGCAUUCCGAGAGGCUGGCGGUCCCUUAGUGAUUGAGGAGACGAAUCUGGUUCUUCCCAGUAAGAACGAAAUCUUGAUCAAGGUCGAAGCUUGUGGUGUCUGCUACACAGAUGGACUUUCGCAGAACAACAGUGCUGCUGGAUACCCAAUUGUACCAGGCCAUGAGAUUAUUGGAUACGUCGUAGCUGUAGGCGAUGGUGUCACUGGAUGGAAGGCCGGCGACCGAGCUGGAGGACCUUGGCAUGGAGGCCACGACGGUACUUGUCAUGCAUGUAAGAAAGGAUACUUCCAGAUGUGUGACAAUCCUGCCGUUAAUGGAUUCACAAAAGAUGGAGGAUAUGCAGAGUACUGCACCUUGCGCUUUGAAGCUGCUGUUAGAGUUCCGUCUCACGUCGAUGCAGCCAAAUAUGCCCCCAUUCUCUGUGCCGGCGUAACUGUCUUCAAUGCAAUGCGCAACAUGAAUGUCCCUGCAGGCUCUACUGUCGCAAUCCAAGGUCUCGGCGGACUGGGCCAUCUUGCAAUCCAGUACGCAAACAAGUUUGGUUAUCGGGUUGUUGCUCUUUCUCGAGACUCCAACAAGGAGCAAUUUGCAAGACAGCUUGGCGCUCAUGAGUACAUUGAUGGAAGCAAACUUGAUGUUGCUAAAGCAUUACAGAAACUGGGAGGAGCGUCGUUGAUUGUGUCUACGGCUCCUAGUGCAGAUGCAAUCAAACCUCUGCUUAAGGGAUUAGGUGUCUUGGGGAAAUUGCUCAUUCUAUCUGUACCGGGUGAGGUAUCUGUUGACACUCUGGUUAUGAUUAAGUACGGACUUUCGGUCCAAGUAUGGCCCUCUGGUCAUGCGCUUGACUCGGAGGAUGCGAUUCGGUUCACUGAGAUGGAAGAUAUCAAUUGCAUGAUUGAAAAAUUCCCACUUGAAAAGGCCAAUGAAGCUUAUCAAGCUAUGUUGAAAGGCACUGUGAGGUUCAGGGCAGUCAUUACGAUGGACUAG